AUGUGCAGUUUCCUGGGGGCCUUCUGCGGCAACGCCAGCAAAGCGUGCCACUGCUGCUCUCUGCGCACAUUUGCCUUCACCUGGCUAGGCAUCAGCAUCGUUGUUGCUCUGGUUCAGUUCGUUGCGGGGGCUUACCUGUCGUCUUAUCUGGCCCCGGUCGAUGCAGCGCUAAGGAAUAUCAGAGACCGAAUCAUGGAGCUCGAUGACCCAACAAUAGCACUAAAGUACUACGGCGUCAUAGCCGACAGCCUGGCUGCUGUUUGGAGGGGAAUGAGCUUGCUGACAACAGCACGUGGGGUGUUCGACACGGUCGCUGUCGUCCUAUGGGUCUAUGGUUGGCACAAACAAAAGAUAACGCUGCUCUACGUGUUUAUUGGUAUGAUGGCUUUUGAUUUCGCCAUUGACUUUUGCCUCUUCUUCGUCUUCAUGGCCGUUAUUAAUGCCCUCUACAUCGCCUACUUCUUCCCCAGCUCUCUGUUGUUGCCCUUCGUCUUCUACGGCUGGCAAAUGCUCGUGGGGUAA